AUGCGCGAGGCACGUGUCCAGAAACAUUUGGAAGUGAGUUUGUUCUCAAAUAACGUUUCGGAGAAAAAACUUCUUGCAGCACCCAAACGUGGUCAAAUUCUAUGGGGUGGGAGCCGGACAGGAACCGCUUUACGUGAUCAUGGAACUGGUGAGAUAUUGUCGCGUUUUGUAUCUCCAAACGAAUUCCGUUGUUCUGAGCGCUCGACGGGUUCUCUGGUUUCUCUCCAGAGCUGGCAAUGGGCGUGCGCCCCGCCCAAUAGAGCGAUACAUUGGCGCGAAAUUCAAAUUUUAACAGCAAAAGUUGUGUUUUUUGCCAGAUUAGCCACGAAAAACCGAUAAUUUCUCAUUUGUCUCUCAAUAGACCGAUUGUAUAGGCGAUUACGAAUUUUUUAAGCGCAAGAGCGUUAAAUUUGGUCAAGUCGCAAAUCACAUUUAUCCGUUUGAAGAUUUUGGCAAAAACUGCGCGAAUUUCAGUUGCUUUUCGGUAAUUUUCGCGGUUCGAGCGCUCAAAAUGCUUGUAUUUACGUGAUUUAUCAUUCGCAAAACCAAUUCUGUCUGAAAACGGUCAAGAAAGCGCAAAAUGAGAAGUGCGCUUUGUAGGCGGCGAUCGGCGGCGAAGGCGAAAAAGCAAAGUCGGCGAAAAAUGCGCCAAAACGUCAUUAAUUCUGAGAAUUAGUGUGUUUUCAUGUCGAACAAUCAUUUUUCAUCGCCUUUGACCACAAAAAUCAGAGAAAACGUGCUCAAUUCAUGAAUUAAAACGCCAUUUGGCCGCCGAGGCCACGCCCAUAUUGUCAGCUCUGGACACCGUGUGUGUGUGUGAGAGAUGAACACGUGAACUUUCAAAUAGUUGUAAAAAUGAAGCGGGCCCGGGUUCCAAGAAUCUUGUUAUCGUAUACGUUUUAUCGCUCUUAACUUAGUUCGGUUGCAGCUAAAAAUCUAAAACGAGAGAGGGGGGAUGGAUUUACAUAUCACGAAACACCUCUUGAUCAUAAAUUCACCAACGAUCUGCAUGGCGAGGCAAAAGAAAAAGCUGAAAGGGAGGAGGAAGCGAUUAGAGCGCAGGCAAGUGCACCUGUAAAGUUAUUCGGCCAGUUUUCUUCGUUUUCCAGCGUUUGAAUCAUGAUUAUAACACCGAAAUCGGUUCUGCACAACGCAUCGAGUUAUCCGUAAUCGUGGACGUCAGCAAAAACUAUGUGAGAGUUCUAACUUAUUCGCUUAUCUCUUUCAGUUAUAAUUUCAGGUUUUGAAGAUUUCGGAGCGUUUGAGAGACGCAUGCAAAUUUUCCAAUGUAGAACUUAUUCAAUUUGCGGGAGUCACUCGUAUCUACGAUAAAUUCGUAUGCGUCCGCCCUGAUGAAAUCGAAGCGGAAACCCAAAGGGAUUGCUCAGCAAAAACUCAGCAGUCAACGUCUUCAAAAGCAGCCGAAUUGUCAAAGAUGAAGGCAGCGUCUUCAAAGAGCACGAAGACGGAAGAUCACACGCAAACGGCCACGAAGUCUGAGUCAACUGUUAGUUUCAACCAUAGUUGUGAUUUUAAGACCCGGAUCUUAUCUGACGACCGUACUUUCUCGCACUCUUCCUCAAAUUCUACCAUUAUUAGGUAGACAAUGGCCUAUCUGUGUCAUUUUAACAACCCUACCACAAAUUGAAAUGAAAAACGCCAAAAACUUACUGAAAACUUCAAAAAACACUAUUUGAAAUUCGAAAAUUUUCUACCCUGGGGCCCGUUUAGAGAUCAAAAAGACGAAUCGAUUUGCAGUUUUACACUGAAAAUUCUCAGAUUUGAGCCAUUGCUCUGAACAUUCGCGUGCUUCUGUGAAUGACGAAAAUCAGAGAAAAAGUACCGAAAUCAUGAAAUUUCUAUUUUCGAGAUCACUAAUCAUUUUCUUCAGGACACCCUCAUCGGAUCAAUUUCGCGAACCAAUGCCGGGAAAUCGACGAGUGAAUCCAGUCAAUGCGCAAGUUAUUUAGCUGACAUCGUCGAAAUGGAGGAAGACAGGAUUGAUGAAUCGCUUCCGAACGACAAUGCGAACGCCAGUUCCAUCGAGCCUCUUUUGGUUACGGAUAAAGAUGAGACUAAGUCUGGCGGCAUUUUCCGGAGACUGGGCUCUUUCCUGGGCUCCUGCCUGGGUACCUGCUUGUCUAACCGCAUGAAAGCUGGCGAGAAUGUGGUUGACGUCGUUCCGAUGAAAGUUCCAGAGAAGCUUCUCAACGAAAGUGGGCAACUGGAUCCAGUGAACUACAUCGUCAACAGUUUCAGCAAAGAGCUUGUGCUCAAAGAACAGUUUGAGGAAGGGGAGGUGAGGUUACAAAUUGGUUAGAACCAUGCAGAACUGAACACUUACAGCACCCGUAUUAUAAUAAAGUGAACGAGAUCAUGGAAUUUUUGGGUAUUAUUGAAAAGAAGAUGCGUGCUGGACCCGAUUACGUGAAAAUUGAUGUAGCAAGAAUCAAAAUUCUCGGCGAUCUUCAUGGCAACUUUUUGGCGUUGAUUCGGGCGUUGUCCGUCGAUGCCUGGAGCCACGCUCUGUUUGUUGCAUAAAUGCGCCCCUCCAACAGUAAUUCGACUAUUUCAGAUUGUGUCUGGGCGACUAUGUGGAUCGAGGAGAGCGAGGAUUCGAUGUGCUCAUGCUGCUCUUCUGCCUCUACGAGCACUGCCCCGAUUACAUUUUCCUCUUGCAAGGCAAUCACGAGAGCCGGAGGAUCUGCCUGAAAUACGGAUUCCACGUAAGAACGCAUUCGUCGAAGAGCUCACAAUCAAAAUUUGGAGCUUUCAGACCGAACUUCUUCGUGUAUUUGGAGAGAAAAAUGGAGAAAAGUUGUUUGACAAGUUUUGUGAUGUUUUCAAAUGUCUCCCACUGGCCGCCAUCCGUCACAAGCAAGUGUACUGUUGUCAUGGAGGUCCUUCGAGCGUUGUUACUGCCGAGAACAUUGACAAUACGGUAUUCUAUCGAAUUUAAAUAGUUUUGAAAACUAAAUUUCAGCUCAAACGAUUCCCCACUAAUCGUGUGCAAUUCACAGCAUUACAAGAUUCCACGUGGUCGGACGAGGUCCUUGUGCCAGAGCACUUAGAGUAUGAAAUUGAGGUUAACUGGUAGUCGAACUUCACCAAAUUCAGAGACAAGCCAGUUUUGACGGAUUCGUCGAGAAAGUGCGACGUUUGCUUCGAUUACAACGAAACUGCUAUCCUCCAUAUGUUGAGGAACUUGAACUGCAACCUGUUGGUUCGCGCCCAUCAGGUGAGACUAUUUCGUGACACGGAAUAUCCGAUUAAUCGUCUACAAUUUAAGUUGAUCAUUCGAGGCAAUCGAUACGCUGUAAGAAAGAGGCUCCAUUCUCUUUUCUCUUCGACUAACUGUGCCGGUUCGGUAAGGAAAACAGGCGGAAAAGCUCGAAAUGUCUCUUCUGCUUUCCAGAACAAUGACAGUUCUUUUAUGUUGAUUGAGAACAAUGUGGCGCAAAUCAUUCUUUUCCACGAUUCGGAAGAAUUCGUUGAAGAGCAAAAGUCGGAUGAAAUCACGCUCGACGAGAAGAGCAUUGAACAUGAUGCUCCUCAAAAAGACAAGACUGACACGAAUGCCGCGCAGCCGGCGGAUGCAAAGAAGAAGGCACAGCCGGAGAAGAAGGACGGAAAGAAGAACACGAAGUCGGAGAAGAAGGACGGAAAGAAGAACACGAAGUCGGAGAAGAAGGACAGAAAGAAGAACACGAAGUCGGAGAAGAAGGACAGAAAGAAGAACACGAAGUCGGAGAAGAAGGACAGAAAGAAGAACACGAAGUCGGAGAAGGACGGAAAGACGACGAUUGCCAAGGAGAGCAAAGCGAUCGUCAAACCAAGCACUGAUAAAAAGUCGCCAAAAACAACAAAGCGCGCUCGCGAAAACUAG